AUGUCCUACUCCAGCGAGAACUGGUACGGGGACACUCUCCCACAGCGCUAUAGCAUGGGCAUGGUUCAGCAGAGCUUCAAAAGCAACAACCCUUACAAGGGCUACCCAGUCCCCACCAUGGACUUUGAAGACGACUACAGGCUCGAGCCCCUCGAGGACGAGCGCCCCAGCUCUCCGGCUCCUUCUGUUUUCUUCUCGGCCUCUCUUGAGCACCACCCGGUCAAACCCAGGAAGCGUCACACCUUUGACGCCUAUGCCGACGCCACCAUGCGCCGCGGCCGGAGCUGCAGACAUUCCAGUAUGGUCCUUCCGGAUGUCAUCGACCGUCUGGACAACGUGAGUGGCUAUAGCUACCACCAUGAGGGCCCCUACGAUGCAGUCUACGCCGAACGUAACCGUGAUAACAAGUUCAGCCCUGUCGCCGCCUUGAAGGAAUCCAACGAAGAGGCCCUCAAGGCCACUCCUCCCGACAGAAUCAUAGACGCCAUUAACAGUCAUCGUCCUCUUGAUGGCACUGCCUUCUUCGCCCCGGGAACUGCAGACGGCGAGGGCCGUGUCUACCAGUAUGAAGAGGGUGCCAACAUGAUGAAUGAGCAUGGUAACUUUUCCCGUUGCCCUGGACAGAAGUUCACUGACGAUGACUUCAAGAACGACCCAUUCUACAACCGUCCUAUUCCAAAUAGGUUCACAUCCUUCCGCAAGAAGUUGAACUUCCGCCACCGACUCCGCCGUAUCAGCCUGAAGGCUUGA